GAAUAGGAGUAUACGGCCACCCUAGUCACGAAAUCAGUAAAUAUUCUUUACUAGUCUAUCAGCUUGCCACUACAUCUGACAAAGCUGUUAGUGAAAAUACUUUUAACUCUGGGGAAAACCUGGAGAACGAUCAGGAAUCUAAGAAAGAGAGAUCUUCAUUUGCAGUGGCACUCCUGUGGCCAUUGAUAGAUAUAUUAUUUCAAGUAUUUUUUUUAUGACCUGAGAUAGUCUGGUCAGAUUCAAUAUGCUGGAAUACGAGAAUCAAAUGUUUCUAGACAUACUCCAUGAGGACGGUUUAGUUGUCUGUGCAAAGGGACUUGGAUUGGAGGCUGUUUUCAUAAAUAUUUUAAAAAUAUAUUCAGAUCCUGGCAAUCUGGUUUUUGUACUGGGAACAAACGACCAUGAAGAAUCAUAUUUCAUUAACCAAUUAGAAAAAUUAGGUACCAGUCUCUUACCUCGAGUCAUCUCUGCACAGUUCCCUGCCAACGAGCGAGAACUGAUGUACCUAGAUGGUGGGGUGCUCUUUGUAUCGGGAAGAAUUUUCGUUGUAGACUUAUUGAAAAAUCGAGUUCCCCUAAAAUUGGUGACUGGAAUUCUUGUCUACCGAGCACACAACAUCCUCACCUCAUUUCAGGAAGCUUUUGCACUUCGCUUGUACCGGCAGAAAAAUAAGACAGGGUUUAUAAAAGCAUUCUCCAACUCCGCUCUGGCUUUUACUGUUGGAUUUGCUCAAGUUGAACGUGUGAUGAGGAGCUUAUUCGUUAAACAUCUUUAUUUGUGGCCACGAUUCCACGCGCUUGUUAGCAACAGUUUAUCUAAAUGCAAGCCAGAAGUUAUCGAACUUCACGCCAAACUGACAUCUAAAAUGCUGAAUAUACAGACCGCGCUACUGGACAUCAUGAAUUACACGGUCAAAGAAUUGAAACGAAUCAACAAAUAUUUAGAGCUCGAAGAUGUUACGGUAGAAAAUGCAAUAGCCAAAAAGUUUCACAAGCUACUACAGCGUCAGUUAGAUCCGAUAUGGCAUCAACUUAGCUUCAAAACUAAACAACUUGUUGCGGAUCUGAAAACAUUGAGAUCACUUCUUGCUUCUUUGAAUCAUGAAGAUUCCGUCACAUUUUAUGCAACAUUAAACCGAUUACGCACCGCAGAAUAUGCAAUGAACAGCAGUGGAUGGAUGCUGCUUGACAUUGUUGAAAAUCUCUUCAUUUGUGCAAAAAAAAGAGUUUACAACGAAAAAGAUGAAUUGACGCCAGAAGGAAGUCCUAAGUGGACGGCACUAUCAGAAAUUCUCAAAGAAAUUCAAGACGAUAUUAAUUUAAAGAAAGAUGAUUCGGAUGAAGUUCGGAAAGUUUUAAUUUUAGUGCAGGAUAGACUCACCUGUAACCAGCUUAAAAGUUACUUAACUAUGGGUACAAGAGAAUACCUGCUUUACAAAGCAAUGACGAGACUAAAAUUAAAGGAGAUAUCUAGAGCAAGCGACUCAAAAGAAAAACCCACUACAUCGACUGAUCCAACCGAAAUUAGCGAAGAAGCUGAAGAGAAAGAUAGUUACGUUUUAACCCUUUCUCAGAAGCCAUCCAAUGAACAAUGUACAGAGCAGUUCGAAGAGUGUUCGCAGUUGAACGAACUAGAUCUCACAACAAUAUCAAAAGUUGCACCGUUAGUUGUGAUUCAAUCGUUGAAAAAAGAUGGCGACCCAACAUCCUUGCUACAAAUAUUAACAGAAAUGACACCUAGCUAUGUUAUCAUGUAUGUUGCUGAUAUUUCAGCUGUUAGACAACUGGAGGUCUAUCAAAGCUACAAUCCUUCCAUUCAGCUGAAAGUAUUUUUCCUAGUCUAUGGGGGUUCGGUUGAAGAACAAGCAUAUCUCACUUCCUUGCGCAGAGAAAAAGAAGCUUUCGAUAUGUUGAUUAAGACAAAAGCUACGAUGGUUGUACCUGAAGACCAAGAUGGUAAGUCCAAUGAUUGCGAAAUGCUAUCAAGAGGAACAGAGGCGAUAGCAGAGGCGGAAAAUACGCGCAAAGGUGGACUUCAAACUGCUACCGUUAAACAGGUGGAUAAAGUAAUUGUAGAUAUGAGAGAAUUCAGGAGCGAAUUACCCGCGCUUAUUCACAAACGUGGGAUAGAAAUCGAACCUGUCACUUUACUGAUUGGUGAUUACAUUUUAUCGCCAGAGAUUUGUAUCGAGCGAAAAAGUAUCUCAGAUUUAAUUGGUUCACUCAAUUCUGGAAGGCUGUACAAUCAGGCCGUAGCUAUGACUCGAUAUUACGCAAAGCCCAUGCUACUUAUCGAGUUUGACCCGACCAAGCCAUUCUGUUUUCAGAACAACUAUUUUCUCAGCUCGGAUAUAAAGAGCUCUGAAGUUACCGCUAAACUGCAGUUGCUGACGUUGCAUUUUCCAAAGUUAAAACUGAUUUGGUCUCCCAGUCCGAGUGCUACUUCACAAUUAUUUGAGGAAUUGAAGAAAGACAGAGAGCAACCUGAUGCCUCUAAGGCAGCGCAGAUUGGAGUUGAUGAAAAUAUUGAUGAAGAAUUUGCCAUUGAUAAAUACAAUAGGAUUCAAGACCUCGUUUCAAAACUACCAGGAGUGAAUUCUAAAAAUCUAUCAUCAAUACUCAAUAAGGGACAAUCAAUGGAUCAUCUCAUCACUCUGUCUCAGACAGAGUUAGUUAAAAUAUUAGGUAAUGGCAGUGAUGCUAAAAUGUUACACGAUGCGUUACAUAAGCGAUAUGCAUUGAAAGAAGAAACGUCUACCGGUCGAUCUGGUCGAGGUGGAUCAAAAGUUCGAGGAAGAGGAUUAUUUCGUAAGAAAAAAUCCUUAUAAAUUAAACUUUAUAUAUAUUCAGAUCCUUGCACCAACCAUGUUACUUUUUCUGUUCUUCGAUUCAACUAUGUGUACAUAUCUCUCCCAUUCAUUAUAAAAACUCCGAAAAUCACACGUAAAA